AAUUCUUAACAACGGUGACACUGCCACCAACUAACUCUCUUUCUCGCCCUCCUCCUCCUUUUCCACUCCGCCGUCUCUACUAAUUUGACUUCAUAUCUACAAGAGCCUCCCGGCGAUGGAUUUUCGCCUCCUAAACUCAGCGGAUCUCCGCCCCGCCGCCUUCACGGCAAAAUCAUCGUCCGAUAGAAUAUCGGAAUCCAACGGCAACAGUUUUAACCCGAAAAGCAUUCAAUUUCGCAAGUUUACGAAAAAAGACCUCUCGAGAAUCCUACGAACGGAAGCGGCGAUUGAAGAGAUUGAAAGGAAGGCGAACUCUUCAAAGUACAACAAUCUCUGGCCUAAGGCUGUACUGGAAGCUCUGAGUAAUGCAAUUAAGAGAAACCGUUGGGAGUCUGCUCUUAAGAUAUUUUAUCUUCUGCGUCAGCAACAGUGGUAUGUGCCGAGGUCUCAGACAUAUACAAAGCUUUUAGUAAUGCUCGGAGAGUGCAAGCAACCAAAUCAGGCUAGUUUGCUUUUCGAGACCAUGCUAUCUGAUGGCCUCCGACCAACAGUUGAUGUGUACACUGCACUCGUGGGUGCUUUUGCUCUGAAUGGCCUUUUUGAUGAGGCAUUUAGUAUUAUUGAGAAUAUGAAGUCCACUGGCGAUUGCAAACCUGAUGCAUUCACAUACUCCAUUCUUAUCAAAUGUUGUGUUAAACAAUAUCGGUUUGAAAUGAUCAAGGUUAUUUUAGAGGAAAUGUCAUGUUUUGGAGUUAAAUGUAACACCGUGACUUACAACACACUUAUCCAUGGAUAUGGAAAGGCUAAACGUUUUGAACAGAUGGACAACUCUUUGACAGAGAUGAUUCAGAGUGGUGAAUGCUGUCCAGAUAUUUUUACUUUUAAUUCUGUUAUUGGGGCUUAUGGUGGAUGUGGGAAGAUUGAGGAAAUGGAGAAGUGGUUCGAUGAGUUUCAGCUGAUGGGCUUAGAGCCUGAUAUUAUGACAUACAACAUUUUGAUUAAAUCAUAUGGGAAUUCUGGAUUGUACCAAAAGAUGGGAUUAGUGAUGGAGUUUAUGGAGAGGAGAUUUUUCUCUCCUACGAUUGUUACAUAUAACAUUGUGAUCGAGAUAUUUGGGAAGGCUGGAGAUAUUGAAAAGAUGAAUGAGAUGUUUCUGCAAAUGAAGCAUCGUGGGUUGAAACCAAACACUAUUACUUACAGUUCACUUGUCUGUGCUUAUAGUAAAGCAGGACGGUUGGAAGAAGUUGAUGCCAUUCUAAGGCAAAUAGAGAGUUCUGAUGUGGUGCUUGAUACAGUGUUUUUCAACUGUAUCAUCAAUGCAUUCGGGGUUGCUGGAGAUAUAGAAAGGAUGCAGGAGUUAUUCAUAGCAAUGGAAGGAUGUGGGUGUAAGCCAGAUAAUAUAACAUUUGCCACAAUGAUCCAAGCUUUUCAGGCAAAAGGGAUGAUUGACGCUGCCAAGAGCUUGGAGAGUAAUAUGAUCAGUGCUAAUCGUUCUUCAGCUAGGAGUCCAAAUAUAUGACAUUGUAACACAGGUGGGCAAUUUAAUUACUGCCGUCUGCCAUAAAUACGAUUUUGUUAGCCGAGAUCUUUCACCAUGCUUGCCCAGAUCACAUAUUGAUUCGAUAGCAAUCAAAGUACAGCCUGGCCGCUAUGCCCUUUCUUCUCUUUACAGUAGUCAUUUUAAGUUGUGGUAUGACUGCUGAACAAGACAAUGAAGUCAUUUUAAGUUGUAGUCAUUUUCCUUCUUCCCAAGCCUGGCUGGAAAAGGAGCCCUGGCUAUCGCUUGAGCGUGGGGUUUUUCUGGCUGUUCAAGUACCCGAAUGACUGGUGUCGCUCGUGGUUGGGAUGGACCUUCUUCUUUGGGAUUUGGAUGUUUUCAUCCUGCAAAGGUAAAUUUACAAAAAUAAAGGUAGAAGAGAAGCUAGUACCUCUAGCUGGCAAUGGUGGCGAUUUACUUGGUUCAGGAUAGUCUCAACUAUCCCAGACAACGUUCCUUUCUGCUUCAGCUUCAUAGCUUCGGCUAUCUGCCCGACUUGAAUCUCCAGCAUCUUGAUCGAGGAGAUGUAUUGUGUUGGAACUCCUGAUUCGCUCGUAUGGUAUUUCUCCAAAGUUCCUCCAGACUCACGGAUGCCGUGCCACUGUGAGAAGUGGAGCGAAAACAGGUGCCUGAGAAGUGGAGCGAAAACAAGUGCCUGCUGCGGAAAAUGCGGAAAAUGGGGGGUAUGAAAGUAUUGUUGUUGUGGGUAGAAUUACCCCAGAUAAUAUUGUUGCGCAGCGAACGGUGGCGGCUAUUGAAAUUGUUGUUGAGCACGUGGUCCAGUAGGCCUUUGGGGUUGCCCCUUCUGAAACUGUUGGAACUGAAGAGUAUUUCUAUUCGCUAUGUAAAAGACCUCCGAUAGGUUCUGAGGUUGCUUAGUAGAGCCCUCAGCGACCUGCAGGCUAGAUUGGUCAACAUAGGCGCACUCCUCUAUGGCCACGGCCUCGCUUACUACAUGUUUUCCUUUAUUACCGGGGUCCUACUUUACGAGCUUGGCAAGCUCUUUGAUUUGAACCGACAGGCUGUCGAUCCUAUUAUCUUGUGAGACUGUAGCAGGAAACUUAAUAGCUCUGGUCUGUUGGUCUCUGGCCAGCCUGGCCGCAUGGAUGUCCUUUAUCGUACUGGUGAAACUCAGCAGGUCAGGUCAGGUCAAUCUUUUGGCUGAAGGCAUAAAUUUCUUCCUUUUAUGUUAUUUCUGCAUUUAGCUUGAAUGAAUUAAGUGGUGGUUUUUAGUUCAAAGAUGAGGAUGACGACUUCUUCUUGUGCUCUAUGCCCUAUUAAUUCCAGGGCAUUCCUACAUACACGCCGCGUAUGGUUUCGGUAGAUCUUCAAGGCUGCUGCUGCUGCGUGUCUUUCAACAGGAUCCCUAGGAUCAGUGGGUUCGCGGGGAUCUUUGUACAAUGAAGCCCCAGAAACGUCAACGGAUAAUAUUACAUG